UCCCGCGCGCGGGAGCUGGGCGGGGCGGCAGCGCGGCGCGGUGACGUCAUCAGUGAGCGUCGCCAUGGCGGCGCCGAAGGUGAAGCAGGACAUGGCCCCGCCGGGCGGAUACGGCCCCAUCGACUACAAGCGGCACCUCCCGCGCCGCGGCCUCUCCGGGUACAGCCUGUUCGCGCUGGGCAUCGGCAGCCUCCUGCUGGGCUACUACACCCUGGUCAAGUGGAACCGCGAGCGCAGGCGGUUGCUGAUCGAGGAGCUCGAGGCUCGGAUCGCGCUGAUGCCGCUGCUGCAGGCGGAGUCGGACCGCAGAACUCUCCGGAUGCUGCGGCAGAACCUGGAGGAGGAGGCCAAGAUCAUGCGGGAUGUUCCCGGCUGGAAGGUGGGCGAGUCCCGUUUCCACACGGAUCGCUGGGUGCCCCCCACGCUGGACGAGCUUUUCUUCCUGCGGCCCCCGGCCGAGCUGGACCGCGAGAAGUUCGGGCUGCAGCACUACGUCUGAAACCCCAAAAUUCCCCAAAAUUCCCCAAAUCCCCAACCCCGCCUGCUCCAGCCCCUUCCCGAACCUUCCCCUCCUCCUGUCCCUUCCCCCACUCCUGGUCCUUAAUAAUUAAUAAAUAAGUAAUUAAUAAAUAAAAGAAAUAAAUCCUU